CAACCAUCACAAGUCAAAAAAUUAAAUAUUAUGAAGAUUUCAUUGGCCAAAAUCUUUGUUUUCUGUAGCUUUUGGGUAAUACUUUCAUCAGCUAGCAGCCAUGAAGAUUUUGUCCAGUGUCUCACCCGUUUUUCACCCAACACAAACUCAAUAACCAAACAAAUUUACACCCCACAAAACUCAUCUUACACUUCUGUCUUAGAGUCCUCGAUAAAUAAUCUACGUUUUGCGGGCUCUAGCACCCCCAAGCCCCUUGUGAUUGUCACACCAACGGAGGACUCUCAGGUCCAGGCAGUGAUUUAUUGCGCGAAAAAGCACCACAUCCAGAUGAGGAUCCGGGGAGGGGGGCAUGACUAUGAGGGCCUCUCGUACGUCUCGAAAGCGCCUUUUGUGGUGCUUGACAUGGUUCGCUACAAUAAGAUUGAUGUUGAUCAUGAGGCUGCCACUGCAUGGGUGCAAUCCGGUGCAACAUUAGGUGAACUCUACUACAGCAUUGCUCAAAAAAGUAGUACCCUUGGAUUUCCGGGUGGAUUCUGGUAUACUGUGGGUGUUACUGGACUCAUUGGUGGCGGAGGCUAUGGAAAUUUACGACGUAAAUAUGGCCUUGCUGCUGACAAUGUGAUCGAUGCUCGGAUAGUGGAUGUCAAGGGAAGAAUUUUGGAUAGAAAUUCGAUGGGGGAAGAUUUGUUUUGGGCUAUUAGAGGAGGCGGUGCUUCUAGUUUCGGUGUCAUUCUUUCUUGGAAACUAAAGCUCGUUUCGGUUCCUGAAAUUGUGACAGCUAUUCAGCUCGACAGAACAAUAGAACAAAAUGGCACUGAAAUUCUUCAUAAGUGGCAAUCUGUGGCUCCUAACCUUCCCAAAGACGUCGAAAUUAGAGUUAUAGCCGCUACUAUAUGGAAAAAUAGGCCUAAUCCAGUAGCCAGAACAGUACUUACCGAUGACUCCAUAGCUAGAAACCGAGCCGAAAAAACAAUUCUGUUAAGGUUUUCGGGCUAUUUCCUUGGCGGUCAAGAAAAACUUGUUUCCAUGAUGAACAAAGAGUUCUCUGAACUAGGCCUGACAAAAGAAGACUGCACCGAACUCAGUUACAUUCAAUCUGCACAACGUUUUUCCCUGCUUUCGACAUCCGAGUCCCCUGAAGUUCUGCUAAACAGAACAUCAUUCAGAAUCCCUUUUAAGGCCAAAUCAAGCUACGCCGAAAGGCCAAUUUCAAGAAAAGGCUUAGAGGGAAUAUGGACCAGGCUCCUUGAAUAUGAUCCCGGGACGACAAAUUUUGUUUUCACUUCUUACGGAGGCAGAAUGAAUGAAAUUGCAGAAUCUGCAAUUCCAUUCCCCCAUAGAGCUGGCACAUUGUUCAUGAUCUAUAUGAGAGUGCAGACUGAUGGAGAUGCGGAGAAGAGAAUAGAAUGGAUCAGAGAGCUGUACGAGUAUUUGACACCUUAUGUAACGAAAAAUCCGAGAACUUCGUACGUGAAUUAUAAUGAUCUUGAUCUGGGAGUCAACAAUGAAGAAGGUCCAACAAGCUACAAGCGAGCAAGCGUGUGGGGUAAAAAGUAUUUCAAGAAUAAUUUCGAUAGAUUGGUUCGGGUUAAGUCGUCGGUUGAUCCUGGAAACUUCUUCAGGCACGAACAGAGUAUCCCUCCAUUUUCGUGAUUCUUUGGAAGAGUUAAUUGCAAAUUGCACUUCUGAACUUGGGCCCAAACGUACUUCGGUCAACAUACUUUUAUAAAUUGCAUUUUGCAUCCCCUUGAUAUUUAGCACGCUGCAAUGUACAACCUUUCCAUCCAAGUCCGUUAAAUCUCAGUGUUUAACGUUACUUAAGUAAGGGUAGAACAGGAAAAAUCCAUUUUCAAUGAUCUUCUUCCCCAAUUUUCUAUAUAUGCCCUAAAUUUGUUUGCAUGAGCCCUAAUUUCUUGGCUUAGUCUCUUCUCUUCUUUAGAAAAGAUAUAUUUGAUCAUCAAGAGCCAAUACGUCAUAUGCGUGUAGAUCAAUUAAGCAGACAUAUAGUGAAAUAUAUGGAAAAAAAAUCAU